AUGGCUGAAAAUGCUUCUCUUAUUACUCGUCUCCCACCAGAGAUUCUCGCUCUCAUCUUUGCCAACUUGUCUCUUCAGCAUCGCGUCCAAUGUUUAUGCAUUUGCAGAUCGUGGCGUGCAUUCCUCUUCAGCUGGUCUGGUCUAUGGAAUGAACUCUCGGAUAACGAAGGCUAUGACAUGAUCAAGAUGUUCAAAGCAUACAUGCAAUCAUCAUCCUCAGGCACACCAAUGCGCUAUCGUAUUGACAGCAUCCAUAUUCAUGCAACACGGCGACGGAAGCAUAAGCAAAUCAUGCGAUUAUUCAAAGAAUAUCAAAGCCAUUGUCGUAUACAAUCAGUUCAUCUCUAUGGUAACAUGUCAAGACAUUGGUUUCGAAGGAUGAUACGACUCGAAGACAUGGUGCGACUGACCUUGAAUGGCGUAAGCAAUCCAGCACCCGACAAGGUAUUCGCCAUUGUGUUGCACGAGUGCCCCAAUUUGAAGCACUUUGUUUACCACACCGCAUGGUCGGCGCACGCACCAGCAUCCCCAUCGUCAUCAUUCAACUGGUCAUUUCCACCCCAUCACAAGUUAUUAUCACUUGACAUGUAUUUACACGCACGUGUUGACAGCUUCCCAUUACAUCGCCUCUUAUCAUCUUUACCUCACCUUGUCGCCAUUCGUUUGAAUCCAUACGACUUUGAUGGGGCAGCUCACGUGUUGCACAUGCUUCAACAACAUCCCUUUUUACAAGCGAUUCGAUUCAAUUACCAUGACAACGACGUUGAUGAGGAACAACAACUAAGAGGGAAAAGGGGAGGAGGAGGAGGAUUACGUCAAUUACAGAUACAAGAACUCUGUGGCAUCGAUGAUACGGCUUUGAUCCCUUUCUUAAUACAACAUCACACCACGCUACGGAUCCUUGACAUUCACUUUGUGGAAUAUUUGACACAUUUGACGGCCAGUGCUUUAGCCUCAUUAUCCUUUUCUGUUUUGGAACGUAUCAGUCUCAGCAACCUUGUUGGUGCACACCCUUCCCAUUUGAUGGCGUUCUUUGCUCGUGCCACUCGAUUACGCCAAGUUCGGAUCUUUGCGUUGGAUGCUUUCAAUGACAAUGUGCUUUAUACCCUUGGUCAAUAUGCAAGUCGGUUGGAAUCGUUAUAUCUCGCCCAUUGUGAAAACAUCACACCAAAAGGCCUACUACAAUUUGCCACCACAGCCAAAUGCAAAUCGACCACGCUUGCGUUAUGUCAAGUAGAUCAUGAUAUGAUGGAUAAUACAUCAACAUCAUACGACAAUGAUAACGUGUUGGAUGCUAUUCGACAGGCGCUUCCUCAGCUGGUCUCUAUGUGA